AUGGAUACUGCACAAAGAGUAGUCAAAUAUGUGAAGAAUCAGCCUGGACAAGACAUACUAUUGUCUACUGAGAAGAAGAACAUAGUCACAACCUAUUGUGAUGCUGACUGGGCAGCCUGUCCUCUUACUAAAAAAUCUGUAACUGGAUUCUUCAUUAUGUAUGGUGACUCACUAGUGUCCUGGAAGUCUAAGAAGCAGAGCACUAUCUCUAGGAGUUCUGCAGAAUCAGAAUACAGAAGCAUUGCAUCGACUGUGGUAGAAGUAGUUUGGAUACUUGGAUUGUUUAAAGAUAUUAGAGUGCCAGUUACUCUUCUUGUGAUCAUUCAUACUGAUAGCAAGGCAGCAAUUUAG